GUGUGUUUUGUUUAGUAUCAUACGUAGCUUGUCGAGUGAGAUCAAGUCAGCCGAGCCGCCGCAGAGGUCAGCCACGGACCAUCCUGUGUGUCGGCUUUUUGUCAUUGUAAUUUUCCGUCGCUCGUUUUCUCCGUUGCUCUCUUCCGGAAAGCAAAGAAUAAUUCUUUCGCUCUCACCGGCGACACCAUGAAAGUCGUAACGUGCAUCGCGCCGGUCAACAUCGCCGUCAUCAAAUACUGGGGAAAGAGGGACGAGGAUCUGAUUCUGCCCUUGAACGACUCCAUCAGCGGCACUCUCAGCACUGACCACAUGCAUGCGAAAACGACGGUGAUGGCAAGUGAGAGUUUCACUGAAGACAAGAUCUGGCUCAACGGAAAGGAAGAAUCUAUUGAAAAUCCAAGACUGCAAAACUGCCUGAAAGAUCUGAGAGAAAAGGCGAAACGAGACGGCGACGCCGCCACCGCCAGUCUGAAAGUGCACAUUUGCUCGGAGAACAAUUUUCCAACCGCAGCCGGCCUCGCGUCUUCAGCAGCCGGCUACGCCUGUCUCGUGUUUACCCUGGCGAAGGUGUUCGGCGUGGAAGGGGACGUGUCGAGUGUGGCGAGGAGAGGCUCCGGCAGCGCCUGCAGGAGCGUCUUCGGAGGUUUCGUCCGCUGGCACCAGGGCCAGAUGCUGUCCGGGGAGGACUCCAUCGCGACGCAGGUCGUCCCUGCCAACCACUGGCCGGAAAUGCGCAUCCUUAUCUUGGUGGUGAGUGAUGCGCGGAAGUCGACGAGCAGCACCUCAGGGAUGCAAAGGAGCGUGGAGACGAGCGAACUGCUGACGCACCGGGUGAAGAACUGCGUGCCCAAGCGUGUGGAGGCGAUCACCAAGGCGAUCGAGCAGCGCGACUUUGAGACUUUUGCGGAGAUCACGAUGAAGGACAGCAACCAGUUCCACGCCGUGUGCCUUGAUACUUUCCCGCCGGCUGUCUACCUCAAUGACGUCUCGCACGCCAUCAUCCGCUUUGUCCAUCAGUACAACGCCGCCUGCGGACAGAAAAAGGUGGCAUACACCUUUGACGCCGGUCCGAACGCGUGCCUCUACCUCCUGGAGCAGGACGUCCCGACUGUGUCAGCGCUGGUCAAACAAAUCUUUCCCCCAAAUCCGGAACAGCAGCAGGACUUUUUCCGCGGCAUUCCCAUCAUCCCCAGCGUCAUUCUACCUCCGAUUAACGAGCCGCCGCAGGUGGGAAAGGUGCGGUACGUGAUUCACACCAAAGUAGGCGAAGGUCCGAGCCAGGUGGACGACCACUUGCUCGCCGACACCGGCCUGCCCAAGCAGUGAUUUCUAUAUACAUUUAUCAAAGGACACAGUGGUGAUGGUAUUUUGACACAUUGUUACGCAUUUGACUCAUUUUUUAUGUAUUUUAUACCUUCGCUGGAAAAGAGUUACGAGCGUUACUCGUAUAGGAGAGAAAAUAUACAAAAAUAUUUACACGCCUUAAA